CCUUACUCCGAUAGAUGUCGCUAUUCCAACAUGGUUGACGUUUUGUCGGAUACUGAGAAAGUGUUUUUGUUUUUGUGUCAAAAUGCCAAACAUCUGAUUGCAUUAGCAUGUAGAUAGCAAGCUAUGGUCGGCUUGCAUCUAUGGCUGUUAUCAUUCUGAGUGAAUAAUCGAAUUAAGUCAGACUGUUAAAAGUUAUUUACACAAAAUCGCCAUGGAUAAGCUGAGUAUUAUUUCAGGGGCAUUGUUUUUUGCGGCUGACAUAUUUGCUGUGACAAGCUUGGCCAUGCCAAACUGGAUUGUAUCCGAAAUUGGAGGUGAUACUUACAUCGGCUUGUUGCAGACCUGUCUGACGAUCUACGGUCGCCCGACAAUAUGUUUCACCCCGGAACCAGUCCGUGGAGAGUGGCUGCUCACCUUCAUCUGUGUCGUUCUGGGUAUACUCUGUAUCAGCAUCACCAUCAUCCUCCUUGGGAUGUCCUACUGGGAGUAUCGAGUCAUGAAGUUUGCACGCUGGUUGGGAUUUGUUGCAAUGAUCUUGUUCUGCUUGGCAGCUGUGAUUUUCCCCAUUGGUUUUGACAUGGACCAGAUCGGAGGGGAGGCCUAUCAGCUCCCAAACAAUUUCCGUGUUGGAAUCUCAUACAUAUUUUUCGUUCUUGCUCUGUGGAUAACUGUUGUGUCGCAGCUGUUUGCCAGCAAAGUGUGUUUACCUCAUUUCUAGCCACGUCACGGUGAAAGUGUGGAGCUCACACGGUACAUUUCCAAUAAUACGUUUGACUAGUCACAGUCGGGAUGUAUUACAUGUUACGAAAAGGGUGUAGCUUGCAGGGUGUUUUUUAUCUUUGAAAAAUAAAAGGCUGUUUGACAAAAGUAGGUGGCUAUAUAUGUACUGAGUACGGUGGAGUGUUUAACUAAAAAUAUGAAAAGUAGGCAGCGACUGGAUGAAGCAUCCACUGAAAAUAGCUGCCGCCCUCCUACAUGGACUAAUAAUUACCGAGCAUACAUUUACCUCUGUUUGCAUAAGAAAAUCAUGACCUUGUGGAGAUUACUGAACAUUUUCUUAUUGUUCAUCUUAUAGCAUGCAGUCAAGUUGUGCUGUGUCAACUAUACAGUUUUAAAUAAGCUACAAGUUAUGCAGCACGAAAAGUAUGCCAAAAAAAGAGAAUUGCAGAUCGAAUGCUACAAGUGAUGCCAGAUAUAAUACAGAGUGGUUUUUGCAGAUCCAGCAAUUAAAUGUCUUGCUGCACGAAUAACCAGUUAAUAAAGAAAUGAAACAUACAUUUGGAAUAGCAUGAACCAGCAAAUAAACUAAUAUGGUAUACAAAUGGCAGUUAAUUCCAAGAAAUGCCAGUUAAAAUUAUGAUGUACUUUGAUAAAAUGGCAAGUUAAUACAUUUUUAUUUGACCUAGAUUAGAGACUGCAUACAAAGGAUAUUGAAGAAUUGUGUGUUAGUUGGAAAAAUAAUGUGGAUACUCUAGUCUAAAUAAGAUUGCAGCGAAUGUGCUGUAACCUUAGACUUGAAGAUAUUCAAGGAGAGACCAAACAUACAGUCAAGUUAUUCACAUAUUCUGGAAUGUCGGGUGAGCAGAAAAUCACCAAAUUAUCUAUUGUUAUUAAAACCGGCGUUGUGGUUAGGCCAUCGGUUUACAGGCUGGGAUCCCAAUCGAGGCAUGGGAUUUUUAAUCCAGAUACCAAUUCCAAACCCUGAGUGA